GUAUGUAUGUGGUACAUAACUACGUCAGACCAGUGCAAACAAAUGACACUUGGAAGAGAUGGGCUAGACUAUUUAAGGGGCAGCGUUUGAGGGUGCAAGCAUAAUCAAGAAGUUGCCUGUGUUCACCCAUCUAAAACAAGAGCCCACAUCUCCUUGAAAAGCUAUGUACCCUGGGAUCUGCAUUUGCCUCCUGCUGGCUGUCUUGGCCACCAGCUCCUCAGGGCAGCAACCUUCAGGGUCCCACAAUGCCAACCCCAUGAUCAGCGACUUUGAGCAGACCCUGGCAGAGAACCACCGGCAUGCUCGCACCCCAGCCUCCGGUAGUCCAUUGAAAUCAGCCCUGCAAGUGGAUGGCAACAUGGACCACAAAGCCAUCCUUGAAGCUCUGUUGGCCAAAUACCUCCAGCAAGUCAGAAGAGGUUCUCCUGGAAAGAUCUCUGCAAUUGGAUUACAGGGUUUUGACCCAACACACAGGAUAAAAGACAGAGACUACAUGGGCUGGAUGGAUUUUGGACGCCGCAGUGCUGAAGAAUACGAGUACUCUUCUUAGAGAGGAUCAGGUGAUCCUUAGGAGAAGUGAAAAUUAAGUCUCAUACCUGUACAGAAUGAAAAAAAAUUGUCAUCCUUUUCAAAUCAGUGUUUUAAAAACAUAACUUAUUGAUGUAAAUUUGUCUGUAAAACUAUAAAAUGCAAUAUAUUAUAUAAACAUAUGCAGAAUUUUCAAAGAAAAUUGCCACUUAACGUUUCUUACAACUCACUGUUGACAUAUUAGAAUCGUUUCACUCAUCCCCUGUUGUCUCGUCACAAACAAUAUUGCUGGGGCAUCCUUUACGUUUGUUAUUUGAACAACUAUUUGUUAAUCUGAGCAACUUCCAAGGAGUGUGUAUAUUUUUUUUAAUGGUUAAGAGCGUUUGAAGGCCAUUUGUCCAGAUAUUGCUACAGUUAGGACAACUGUCUUAUGGAGAGCAUAUCUGUGGUCAUGGGGAUUCAUUUAAAAUGGAAGGCAAUCAAGUUUCCAGUGAAUAAUUAUGAAUGCUACACCUGCCGCUAAAGUCGCCUUUCAUUUUAGUUGUUUUCUUUUGUUAAUUGUAUGUGAAAAUUCUGCUAAAAUAAUCAGUCCUGGAAUAAAACAGAACAUUUCUUGCUUCA